UUUUGGUGUUAAUUUAAUCUGCAGCGGUUUUAGAUGCCUCACAAUUUACUGUGAUUCUGCGAAUGAUUGUUUUUCAUGUGAUGAAUUCUAUAAAUGUUGCGUCUUCUUAUGUUAUAAGAUUAUUUGCAGUUGCUACAUAAGUACAGUUGUACCCUCCCAGCUCGCUCCCCGAGUGUAGAAAAUACAUUGACAGCUUCAUCCAACACCUACGCAAGGACGCACCCUUCAUUAUAGUGAGUUGAGGGUGAUUCUCGGUCGAUCUCUGGCAAUUCGUUGCCUAGUAACCACAUCCACCGUCACCCCACCUAGGGAAGAAGCAUCUAGAGCCGGCUCACGUGGCGCCACCUGGAAUCUUUCAGUAACGUAAAGCAUCCCAUGAGGAGCUGAUUAAGAUCUCAUCUUAAAAUUAAAGAUUUAUCAAUGUUACCUAUUACUUUUGCAUAUUCUUAACAUUUAUUGUGUAUUUCAAUAUCUUUUAUUAUUAAAAAGUAAAUUUUGUUAUAUAUUUUUUUAUAACUCGUCAAUUAAAUUGCAAAAAAUAAUAGAACAUAUAUAUAUGUAUACUUUUUUGUAAGUAAGUGCACUGAAAUGUACGUGAAGAAGUUGACUUUUUCCUUCUUGCUGGUUACUUGAACAUAAUCGGAUCAAAUUACGUCUGUUGUGAUUUCAAGGGAUUCUACGUUAUGUUUGUUAUUGUAUCGAAUGUUGUGAGGUCAUGCGAUCCGGUCAGCGGCGAAGGGAUCUAAGUCCAACAAUAAAAGUCUAGCAUUUUUAUUUAUUAAUAUAUUUGAAAUGGAGGUAAACUUUAAGUCUAUUGUCACUUCUGGAGUCGAACAAAUUGAAAUAAGUAAUUCUUCAGUCGAUCAAGAUGAAACACGUAAUUCAGAUUUAGACCACGAGAGAUUCUUAAUAACUAGAAUACAUGUUCCUGAACUAUGUAUAAGUAAAUGUCUUCAAUUCUCAAGAGAUCAGUUUGUGUGGGACGUAAAGCAACAAUGUCUUGCAUCGUUACCAAAGGUGGCUACUUGGUUCAGGGAAUUAAAAGAAAGUUUUAAUUAUGGAUUGUUUUGCCCACCUACGAAUGGAAAGGCUGGGAAGUUCUUAGAUGAAGAACGUCGUCUUGGAGAUUAUCCUUUCAAUGGUCCAGUUGGAUACUUAGAACUUAAGUACAAAAAGAGGAUCUACAAAAUGUUGAAUCUUGAUGAAAAACAAUUGAAAGCAAUGCAUAAUAAAACAAAUCUAAAAAAGUUUUUAGAACAUGUUAUAAAUAGCCAAAUUGAUAAAAUUUCAAGAAUGUGUAAUAAAGGUCUAGAUCCAAAUUUUCAUUGUCCGGAAACAGGAGAAACACCAUUGACAUUUGCCUCGACUUUGAAGAAAUCGGCAAGUGUAAUUAUUGCUUUAGUAAAUGGUGGGGCAAUAUUAGAUUAUCGAACUAAAGAGGGUUUAACGGCAAUGCAUCGAGCUGUAGAAAGAAAUAAUCUUGAGGCUGUUAAAACACUCCUCGAGCUAGGGGCAAGUCCUAAUUAUAAAGACAGCAAAGCCUUAACUCCUUUAUAUUACAGUGUGACAUAUAAAACUGAUCCCAUGCUUUGUGAAGCCCUUCUUCACGAUCACGCUUCACUCGGUGCCCAAGAUUUACAAGGUUGGCAAGAAGUACAUCAAGCUUGUAGGAAUAACUUAGUUCAACAUUUAGACCAUUUACUUUUCUACGGAGCAGAUAUGAAUGCUCGCAAUGCAUCCGGCAAUACACCGCUUCAUGUGUGUGCCGUUAAUAAUACUGACUCUUCAUGUAUCCGUCAACUUUUAUUUCGUGGUGCCCAAAAGGAUAGCUUAAAUUUCGCAAAUCAGACACCCUAUCAAGUGGCAGUAAUCGCAGGAAACUUGGAGUUGGCUGAAGUUAUUAAAAAUUAUGGACAGGAGGAAGUAGUACCAUUUAAAGGACCACCACGCUACAAUCCUAAUCGACGUUCAGUGGUACUCGGUGGUCUAACUACAAGCUGUUCUGCUAACAAUUUGGGCACUCUCACAAGAAUACCGUACAUUCAACAACACGUUUCGUUCUCUUCGUCCUCAUCUUCAGGAGAAAAUAAGCUCACCAGAACCAUUUCUGUUGAUCAAUAUCCAUCUGGAGACAUAUCCACGGAACAACAAUAUUCUUCAAAGUCAUUAACUAGAGCUCCGUCCAUUAAAAAACAUUCUGGUACACGAAUUCAAGUUCCGUCCACACAGCAACAUACAGGUGCUUUGAUGUCUGAAUCACACUACAGUAACCUAAACAAAUAUUCAACUAUGGAUUCCAGUACAAAGGAAUGCUUUACGCCUCCAAAACAAUCGUCCGAACAUUAUCCUAGUACAGAAGCUUUAAACAAAGUACAUGAACAUGAAUACGUGCAAUAUUCACAGCAAUCGCAAUGUACUCUAAAUAAGCUACCGUCCAAAAUUAAAAAGUUUAAUUCUCUCUGGGACCAUAAUGUCAGAUCGACAUAUGAUGAGCAUUAUCAAAACUUAAGGAUAGAAGGAAUACCAAGAUCAGAGGAUCAUCGAAUAGAGUUACAACAUCGUUUUGACAUUCUCAAAACAACAGACAUGCCUCCUUCACCUUGUCCAAGCAGUAGAAGUCUGACACAUUUUAGUUCAGCAAGUUCCAGUCUAUCUGAAGGAAGCAAUUUACCUUCUGGUGAGGACUCGGUCAGCAUUGUCACAGAUAAAAGUAUAGGAGAUACUGCAUCUGAUGUAAUAAGCGAUAGUUCUGGAUUUGGGACUUCACAAUCCGAUACAAAUUCAUCGACUAUACCUGGGUCUACAGUUGUAUGUGUUGAAAGUUAUUGCAGUGCAAUUCCUGGACAUUUAAGUAUUAGUGAAGGAGAUUUAUUAGAAGUGACAGGAGCUACUGAUUGUGGAUUAUUAGAGGGUAUUCUUAGAGAUCAGGGUAUGGGAUUAUUCCCUGCACAUUGUGUUGAAGAAGUUAAAUUACGCAACUCAAGCAUCACCACUGGUCUUCCAUUAGUUCGAGAUAAUUGUACUAGAGUUAUUGGGAGGAGAGAGACGCCACAAAUAUACUUUGCCACUGCUCCAAGAUUAAAAAAAUCAGUCCCAGCUCAAGCUCGAACAGUUAUACUACAUCGUUCCAAAAAGGGUUUCGGUUUUGUUUUACGAGGCGCAAAAUCUCAUGCAUUAAUUGGUUUUGCACCGUCUGCUGAAUUUCCAGCUUCACAGUAUUUAGAAGAUGUUGAUCUUGGUGGAAUCUCCGACCUGGCUGGAUUAAAAAAGGGCGAUUUUAUCAUAAAGAUUAACGGAGAAGAUGUAACUGUCGCCUCUCAUGACCAUGUAGUGGAACUCAUUCAACAAUCGAGAGAAUUAGUGAGAAUGACUGUUAUUUCUCCUAUAAUGAAUCAUUCGAGUUCUCAUUCAACAAGAACUAAACUAACUGGUCAAUCUUUUCAAAGACAAUACGCUACUUUACCACGUAAAGGAAAUAAUAAUAUUAAUGCCGGUGGAACUUUAGGCAGAUCUCCUGCUCCACUACCACCUAGAAGAGAUCCUAAAACUACAUUGAGUAUUGGACGAGCAAGAGCAAGGUCCAUGGUUGCUGGCUUAGAAGGUGGCAUUGAAAUAGAAAAUCGGAAUAAUGUUGUUCCUUCCGAUUUAAAAUCAACUAGUAUUGAUUCAAUUUAUCUGCAGCAACAAACAUUCCUUGGAUCUAAUGCCUUUCAGACAACUUUAAUGCAACCAAGAAGUAUGAGUUUGAGAAUAAGACCAUCUUCCACACGUGUGACCAAUGCAGAGCUUAAGUUUCAGUUAAAUUCGGAACUUUGCAUUUUAAAUGGCUUGAGAGAAAGUUUGGAUCUUCAUCGAGAUUUUCACAGUACUCCAGAUUUAAAUAUACAGGCACAAUCAACUUGUCUGGCUCCAAAAUGCCAUCGUAGCCAAGAAGAUGUCUCCAUGAUGACAUUUUUUAAUAAAUAUCCACCACCAAGUCAUCCGCCACCACCUCCUCCAGUUGAUCAAUUAAGUAAUUUAAACACCACCUCUAACGCAUCCGAUAUAAAUAAUUCUGCAUCUGUUUACGAUAAUAUGGCUCACAUACAACAAGUUAAAGAACUGGCAGCUGCUACUGAAAGCGGAAGGUUAAGUGUCAUGUCAAGCUUCCGCCCACUGAGCAGUGCAAAAUUAUAUGCGUCUCCCAAAGACUUAAAAUCUGUUGGAUAUCGCUCUCAAUACAUAUCCACUCAAUCAAUGAAACAGCACAUUAGAAAACCUAAUAGUGUGCGAGUUUCAAAAGAAAGUACAUCGUUCAAAUUUAUAAAGAAUAUAAAUAAAAAGAACAGUAAUGGUAUAUCCGACAUGAAUUUCAAUGGAAAAAUUUCAAAAUUAGAAACUAACCAAUACGCACAACCUUUAAAAAGUGUAAAAAAUGAUAAUAAAAAUGGAGGUUUUAAAGAAAGAAUGGAUAAAAAUGUUACCACUAGUUUUUCAGCAAUGAAUCUAUUGUCUAAUAUGGAUAGUUCGUCCUACAAUGCAAAUGCAGUACCACCACUACCUGAGCCUGACUACAGUCUCAGUGAGUCUGAAAAUGAAGCAGAAAAUAAUUUAGAGAAAAUUGAUAUAGUUAAUAAGAAAAAAGAAGUAAAUAAGACUACGCCUACUGAAAAAAUAGAACCAGAUAAAGAAACAUCUGAACAUUCUAAUGCAUCUGGUGAUAGUGAAAGUAAUAAUUCAUAUAAUUCUGGAUCUUUGCCACACUCAUUUAGCAUAGAAGAAAUUCAACAUGUAAAAAAACAACUCAAGACGAAACAUUCUUUUGCCGAAGACGGAGAUAAUAGUUCAAGUGGUGUGAGUUCAGAUCAGGACAUACCUGUUGGUCCUCCAUCAGGAUUUGAUGAUACGACACGAAAAGGUGAAACUCGACAUCAUGCAAAUGAAAAAUCAUCCGACAAAGAAAAUUGCAGUAUUAAAAGAUUUAACCACGGAAGUAGUGGUAUACUCACGCGUCAUGCUGUUAGUCUUACACAACUCCCACCGCCAAUAGAAGCUGAAGCAGAAGAUCAAAGUAGCGAUCUUUUUGUUCCACCACCUCCAGGAUUUAAUGCAGAAGAGUCAUGUACUGUAAUUUCAUCCGAUCUAGUAUUUGCACCUCCACCUCAAUUUUGCGAUAAUAGACAACAAUUACAUAAUUGCGUAAAAAUUAUCAGAACAGUAUCGAAACCCUAAGUAUAGUAAAGUUGUAUUUUAUUUCACUUCAUUCGAUUUGGCAUCAAAAGAAAACUUUUUACUCAAUUUAAAACAAAAACAGUAACAAAGCUAUUGUUACAAAUUUUUUUAUAGAUUUUAUAAAACUAAAAAAAUGUGGUAUAAUGUGUUUAACGAAAAAUUAACAAUUACGAAAUAUGUGAUUCUGAAGAUUUAUGUCUUGAAGUUGUAAUAAUUAUGUAGACCGAUAGUAUAGACUGCUGACUUAGAUAAAAUGAAACUUUAAACGAAUUCAAAAGAGCUUGUUUUAUCACAAAAUAAUAUAUAAAUUAAUGAAUUAUUUCUUUCAGAAGACAAUUUUCUCAUUUUGUAUAGAAUAUUUAGAUCUAUUAAAAAUUAAAUGAUCCCAAAUAUCUCAACAUAUAAUGGCAAUAUCAAAUAAUAGGACAAAAUUUCCUCUAACUUAACUCUCUCUCUCUCAAGGUACAAGUUAGGCAAUAUUCCCAUAGAUACACAUUAUUAUUGACUGUAAGCAUAAACAAUUCAAGUUGAAGUAAUAUUGUCAUGUAAUAAUGACUCAAAUAUAUUCAAUAAUCAAUAUUGCAGUGCAAUAUUAUUACUAUAUGUUGUGUUAUGUGGGAAAGUAAUCAAAGAUCCGCUAGUGAGAUUUAUAUAUAUAUAAUUACAGAAAGACAAUUCUAAGUUACUUAUACCUUUUAAAUGUAAUAUGCAAUUUUAAGCACACUUUGGCUUCCGAUUAGAGUAGAAGAAAUCAUUCACAAAAACAAUUAUUACACGAUAUUAAAAUUUAAAAUAUUUGUAAUUUUAAAGUUUAUUAAUAUUUCUCAUAUAAUAAUGAUCACAAGUUUAAUUAUUUCUACUGAGCAUGAUUUAGGGCCGCGCCGGUUUAAAUUUCUACUUAAUAAAAUUUGUAUAUAACCGAAUUUUUAUUUGACUCAACUUUUCAAUUAAGUGAAUUUCUAUUUAAACUUUUAAGAAUCGAAUGUACAAAAAUUUUUUACUUAAAACUUGGCAAUAUUUUUAAUCAAUAGAAAGCAAUAAAAAAAAUUGACAUUAGGUGUUUCUUAUAGUACAAAUUGCAGUUAGUUAAUUGAAAAAUUAUAUAGAUUUUUAAAGUUCUUUUCUUAAUUAAUAUUUGUUCUUACUUUUGCAUCCGCCAUCUUGGAUUCACCAUUUUGAGUGAAUUCAAUGAAAUUUUAACUUUUUCCUGCGCCAUCUUCAAUCCGACAUUUUGAAUUUUU